UCGGCGUUGCUGCAGGGCUACCUGGGAGGUAUGCGGAACUGAUCCUCUGGGUUGCUGCGUGCGGAGCUCGGCUCGGGAGAGUCUUUGAAGAAAACUCCAAGGUGCAGAGAAACGGUAGUUAAGAGGUUGCCCUGCCGGGGAACCCGCAUCAGGGCAGUUGAGUGUUGGAACCUGAGAAGAAUUCGAUCGGUUCAGGGAAGCAGCUCCGCUUGGUGGCUGAUCCGGGACUGCAGUCUUAAACCUUUUGAUUCCUGGUGCAAAGAUUUAUCCCCUGGCAGCUUUUCAGGGCAAGGAAAAAAAUGGCACUCCCCACGCUGCCCUCCUACUGGUGCAGCCGGAGGCUCCUGGAUCAGCAGGCAGCACGGCAGCGACAGCGAGAGCAGGAGGCCCGGCUUCGGCAGCAGUGGGAGCAGAACAGCCAUUACUUUCGGAUGUCUGACAUCUGCAGCUCCAAGCAGGCAGAGUGGAGCUCCAAGAACUCCUACCAGCGGAGCAUGCAUGCGUACCAGCGGGAGAAGAUGAAGGAGGAGAAGAGGAAGAGUCUGGAGGCCCGGCGCGAGAGACUCAGGCGGCUCAUGCUGGAGGAGCAGGACCUGCUGCUCAGGGAGCUGGAGGAGCUGAGGCUGAGCAUGAGCUUGAGGGAGAGAAGAAUCCGGGAGCGGCAUGGGAAUCUGAAAUCGGCCCGAGAGGAACAGAGGAAACUGAUUGCUGAACGGCUUCUGUACCAGCACUGGAAACAGAACAACCCAAAGCUUCGAGAGAUUGAGACGGACCUUCACCGGAAACACGUGGUAAACUCUUGGGAAACACAGAAAGAAGAAAAAAAGCAGCAAGAAGCCGCUACAGAGCGAGAGAACAAGCGGUAUGAAAACGAGUAUGAAACGGCCCGGAGGGAAGCGAUGGAACGGAUACGAGCAGAAGAGCAGAGGAGGCAGCUGGAGGAUAAGCUGCAGGCCGAGGCGCUGCGGCAGCAGAUGGAGGAGCUGAGGCUGAAGGAGGUGGAGGCGACCAAACUGAAAAAGGAGCAGGAGAAUCUGCUGAGGCAGCAGUGGGAGCUGGAGAGGCUGGAGGAAGAGAGGCGGAGGAUGGCAGCCCUGCGGCAAAAGGCGGAGCUGGGGCGCUUUUUGAGACAUCAGUAUAACGCACAACUCAACAGACGCACACAGCAGAUCAAAGAGGAACUGGAGGCCGACAGGCGGAUCCUGCAGGCGCUCCUGGAGAAGGAGGACGAGGAGCAGCGCGUCCAUGUGGCCCGGCGGGAGCAGGCCAUGGCGGACGCAGCCCACAUGAAGCAGGUCAUCGAGGAGCAGCUGCAGCUGGAGAGGGCGCGUGAGGCAGAGCUGCAGGUGCUGUUGAGGGAGGAGGCCAAGGAGAUGUGGGAAAAGCGAGAGGCUGAGUGGGCCCGGGAGCGGAGCGCGCGGGACAGACUGAUGUGCGAGGUUCUGACAGGGAGGCAACAACAAAUACAAGAAAAGAUUGAACAGAACCGACGGGCACAAGAGGAAUCCCUAAAACACAGGGAGCAGCUGAUUCAGAACCUGGAGGAGGCGAGAGAGUCUGCGCGGCGGGUGAGAGAGGAGUGUGAGGAGCUGAAGUCGGCCAGGAAGCAGGAGCUGCAGGCCCAGGUUGCAGAGCGCCAGCUGCAGGCGUGGGAGGCGGACCAGCAGGCGGCGGCGGAGGAGGAGGAGGCCAGGCAGGCAGAGCAGCUGUCCGACGCCCUGCUCCAGAAGGAGGCCAGCAUCAUGGCUGAGCAGGGCUACCGACCCAAGCCUUACGGACAUCCCAAAAUUGCUUGGGACUGACUUCUUUGGUACCGGAAGAACAGAGAAAGAUGCUGAGUCCCUUGACACAAAGCCACCAGACAGCCGUGCAGUGUUUGCUUACGAUCAGGCACUGUUGAGCCGUGCUUGGUGAGGUGUGCGAUCAAGGCACUGAUGGCCGGGCCAGAUGACGAGGUGCUGUGUUCGUGCAGCACAGAGAAUGGCCCUUUCCUGCCUUUGUCAUCCAAGACAAGCCCCUUACAGCCUGAUGUUUACAUGCUGUCUAACAGUCCUGCGUUUAUAAACAAUGCAGGGUUCUAGAUGGACACUGAAAGGUCCCAGUUGCAUUCCGUGACAGACGUGCGGUUUCCUGACGUCUCGCCCUUAAUUGUCAACCUCUGAAGACUGGCUAGAGAUGGACGGGAAGUUUUGUUUUGCUGGCUUUUUUUUUUUUUUUGCGCAAUGCUGUGGAUUGAGCCCACAGCUUUGUGCCUAUUAGGCAAGUCCUCUGCCACUGAGCUACAGCCCCUGCCCGCAUUUUUCAGUUUUUAAAAUUGCCAUUUGAACUAUUGUGGGGCAACCCACUUGGGGACCCUUCCUGUCUCUUAGGACAUAUUCCUACUCCCUGUUCCUUUUCUCCAUAAAAUUUCCUACCCUUAAGUAAAUAAAUAAACUCGUCUGUUGGAAACAGA